GACGCCCUGAGGAGCAGUAGUCGCGUACCUUGGGCAGCUUCCACCUUGCCGGCUCGCGAUUCUCUUAAACAUCGUUUCUUGAAAAUUACUAUUUCAAAUUCCUUAGAAAAGCUAAAGGAAUUUGCUUGGUUAAUCUUUAUAGGAUUCAUCAAAGAACAAAAGGGAUUAUAUAGAUCUUCCGUGAUGUACAGUGUUUCCAGGUCAAAAUACCCGCGAUUCUUGACGAUAAAAGUUAAAUUUGGGUCGAGCCUCGUUAAAGAGAGCGAGGAAAAUAUAUUCGAGGGAUAUUUGAUCCAAAUAGCAAAGGAAUUUUCUGAGGCGACUGAUUAUUAUUGCGUUGUUGUUGCAUUGAUCUAAGUGGUUAAUGGCCUUUUUUCUUCUAGAGGUUAAUGGUGUAUUAUUUGAGAUUAAUCAUUCCGUUUUCGACGAUAAAACGUCGUUGAGAAAUCUUGGGAUUCGAUGGGAAUAGGAUUCUUUAGGUUUGUCAGGUUUUAAUCUCUUUAAAUGCUUGAAGUGGAUCAAGUGAAGUGUCAAAAAGAGUUCUCUUGUUUUUCCCCCCUUCCCCCUUGCUCGAAUGUGUCUUCUUCUUCCACUUUCGUUUAAUAGUUAGUUGAAAGUAAAAGGAGUAAAAGUUUCUUCAAGUGUUACGUCUUAUAAUAAUUUAGUGUUGACGACUUGUACCUGACGAUUGGCAAUUGGUCGUCUAUUGAGAUCUAAUCACGUUGAUAAACCACGAAGAGAAGAUAUAUUUGCGAAAGUGGUUCGUGUGGCGAAGAAGGAGAAAGACGCGACGAUGGCUGAGCGUCCUGGCGGUAGGAGACGCUCGCGUCGCGACAGCAUGGAGGCCGGAAGUUCUUUGCGUGGUACACCACCGGCCUCCAAGGAUCGUAGGACUAAACGUGCUAAUAAACCAUCUAAAGAAAGAUGGCUAUUGACUAGGAAAACUUGGAGAUAUAUGGCUGAUGCUGGAAGACGUUUGAUACCCGAUGGUGCUCACAAUCGUACCGAGGAUAUACCCAAGAUCGAACAAUAUUUUCAAGAAGUCUGUCAAAAGGAACCAAAGUUUCUACUUUGGAGGAAAGCUUCUUAUCCUGGUACUUUAGGUUUUCGUACUCAGAGAAGACGUAGACACGUUAAAGGCGGUAGCUGUAGAGCUAAAGCUAGCUCAGCUGACGAAGCCGACGAGAUUAGGAAUCCUCCUCAAGGAUUCGUCCUUCAGACUACAACUGUUGGCAAGUUUGAUUUGGCCAAAGCAAAGAGAGACUUUUUUUUGGCAUCCGAUAGUGGUGGUAGCGCACCUUACAGUCCUGUUAGUCGUAGGAGGACAGCUAAGGAAGAUGCCGAGGUUAAAGUUUUAGCUGAUAUGUUGCAAAAGUACCUGAACAUGCAAGGCGAUAUCGGUGAUACGGCAAAAUCUUUGGAUAGAAAUAAUGUGGUCAGUCAUAUCGAGGGUAAAGAACACUUUGAUUAUCAAAGUCUGAUUGAUAAGUUACAACAGCAUUUGGAUCUCAUCGUAGCUCAGGCAAAGAGAGAACAAAUAGUUCCUAAUAACGAAACGAAAUCAAUUAACAGGGAUAAUAUUUCUAAAUCAUCAGUAACACCUUAUCAAGGUGAUUACGUUCAUAAAUCUUUGAUGGAGACUCUCAGUCGUUACUAUAGCAAGUCUCCGACUAGAGAACACGUAAUAUCAGACAUCCUGACUGAUCGUAAGCUAUUGGAAAAGCUUUACUUUGAUCUUAGAUGUACCAGAGGCUUUAGAGGACCAAGAGCAACCGGUGCUUACACAUCACCAUCGAAUAGAUGGUGGGCUCAUCAGAGAACCAGGACCACAGGCAAAGAGAAUGAAGAUUGGUACUCGGAAAGACGCGAUCCUAUAUCUCCACCACCUCUUAUAGCUGUUCAAGAACCUAGCACAGAUCGUGGACCACUGGACGAUGGUGUACAAACUGAUCCAGUUCCGCGUGAGGUUUUAGACGCUAUACUUCUUGAAAGAGAGAAGGAGGACAGUAGUAAAAGUGAAACGAGUAUACCUAAACUCAGUGGUCGUAGACGUAGUAGCGUUGAUAAUGACGAUGUCUCGCCAUCGGUUAGUGACACCAUUAAGAGGUAUCUCAGAAUGGCUAGGAAAAAGUCUAUGGAUGCUGAUAAGGUCGAUAGGUUCAAACGUGUUAAUUAUGAUAGAAAUCUUCGUAAUAUCAGGCCAAAGGGAGAGAUUACUAAGCCUGGCGACGACGAUGGCAAUAAUAAAGGUUGUCAGACCGAUGACAAUUGGGCUGUUAAUUAUCGUGAAAUGUCAUCCAUGGAAAAUCCGUCUGAAAAUCUUUCGGACGCUGAUACAACCUCGCCAGCAAGUAGAAAUGCAAGUUCACGUAGCAGCAUCGAUGCUGGUCUUGGUUUGGAAGAACCCCUAACUCCCAAACAUCAUCAUCAAUCCUUUCUUUCCCAUCUCCUUCAUGGCUCCAAUGCUCACAAGGACAAACCGCAUUCGGCACCAGGUUCACCGGCACUCACAUCUUCUUCGAAAAAUUCUUCAGGUGGCACAGCGAUGCAGAAGAGCAAGUCUUCCAGCAGUGUGGUACAUCACGGUAGCAGGCUGGUAGCUAAAAAAAUCUGGAGGUCCAGGAGUAAAAGUACCUCGAGGGCAUCGAACCUACCGUCCAUUUGGACGCCUCAGGGAAAAUGCACGUGGGCUGGCACAGGUGGACGACGAGUGACUCUCCAGGAUACUUCUUUGCGUUCUCUCUCAGAAAUAGAAAGAAAAGUUUUAUGCAAAGUUGCCGUAGCGAAGCUUCAAGCUCUCAAUUUAGGUGUUCACAUCAGGCCACCAAGUGAAUCUCUCGGAAGUGGCGCGGUUGCAACGAAACCGAAAAGGAGAGCAUAUUUGCUCAAGAGGAAGGCACUCACAACAGGAUUCUUUGAGAGUAAGGGGAAGGAGGAAAAAGACAAAGAGUCACCAGGUGGUCUUGUUUUUGGUAUACCACUUCCUCAAUGUCUUGAGAACGAUAGGAUCGCUAGAAUUGCUGCUGGUGAGGUUGCCGAUGUUGGUAGUUUGACGAGAAGUAGUAGACACGGAAGUAGAACGAGUUUUAGCAGUCUAAUAGAGGCACCUACGGUUGCAGCGAAAACCGAAGAUGGUGGUUCCUGUGAAUCAUUAUCGUCGAAAGGUGGGGGUGCAUUGACCGGAAGUGAUUCUGGUGUUCUCGAAUUGAGCGACAGCGGUGGGGGAGGGACAACAGGUGAAUGGGAUGCUGUACCAGGAAUAGUUAGACAAUGUAUUAGACAUCUCGAAGCUACUGGUCUGCGUACGUUAGGUAUCUUUCGAGUUUCACCUUCGAAGAAAAGGGUUAGACAGUUGAGAGAAGACUUCGAUUGUGGUCGUGAGACGAAAAUUGGUCCUGAUCAAUGUCCUCACGAUGUGGCAGCCUUGCUAAAGGAAUUUUUUCGGGACCUGCCUGAUCCUCUUCUCUGUAGGGAUCUCUAUCAAGCCUUCGUGCAUACCCAAAAGAUUAGGAAUAGGCGAUUGCAACAGGAAGCCCUUCAACAUCUUAUUCAAUUACUGCCAACGCCUAAUCGCGAGACACUUUGGGCAUUGCUCAAUUUUCUUAGUGUCGUUGCAUCGAAUAGCGAGGAUCGAAAGAGUGAAACUGGCGAAUGGAUACCAGGAAACAAAAUGAACACUACCAAUUUGGCUACCGUUUUUGCACCGAAUAUACUUCAUUGUGUAAAACCUAAUCAGACUCAACCAGAAGUUUCAGCAGAGAGAGCAGAAGAGAGGAUAGAUGUGAUAAACGUGGUACGAGCUCUACUCGAACAUGCUUCGACGUUGUUUACAGUGCCUGCAGCAUUGUUAGAUGAAUUGUACCUGCACAUGAUGGAUACUCAUCCUGCUGAAUUAGAUUUAGCUCUCUCCCGACGUGCCGAGGAACAAUGCGGAGACGAGGUUGAUCCAUGCAGCGAGGCAGAAAAUUUUUCGGUUGAGGAGACAUUAACGACGUCUGGGAAUACACAAACGGCCGCUACAACAGCAACGAGAAAAGUUUGGACGAGGGAAGAAUGUUUACAUCAAACAGCUGGCGUUGGUGGUGAUAUUGGUCCAAGGCCACGUCGUCCAAAGAGGCCAGGGACACGUAGAAAAGAUGAGGGACGAAGCAAUAGCGUCGAUAGUGGAUCAAGCGAGGAUCCAACCGAUCCACGUAGAAAAUCAUCACCUAUGGUUAUAACAGCUAGUUUAACUAUACCAAUGUCUGGAGCGUUCACGUUGAACCUCGAUGAUCCAGACAUUCCUUAUAUCGAAGAGACACCUAAACAACCUAGUGCACCACCAAGAAGACAAAGACAACGUUCUAUAUCCGGUUGUAGCGAAGGUGGUAGACACGGUAGCGAUAGCGCUGUUGGUUCAUCAGCAACGUUAUCAGGCGAUCAAGUACCAAGUUCACCACCUUCUUGGGCUUCCACACCACCGGCUAGUCCUGACAGUGCUGUCACAGCUGUCUCAUAUAUUCCAGAUCAACAAGCUGUCCUACAAAGGGUCUCGUUUACCACUUCGAGCGAAGUUAGACAGGUUUCCAGGGGUAGUAAUCAAGAUGCCAACAGGAGUAGCGCUAUUCCUUAUACACCUAGUAUAACGAGUAUAGGCGGUGCUGUUUUAAGGUCUAAAACGGCAGAUAUAGAAAGGAUGUUGCAUAUCGGUAGUAAUAGAUCGGAUCCAUCAAUUUCGGCCAAUUUACAACACGUUAGUAAAACAAACACUACGACAACAACAAUGUCAGCGACAAGCUCGUCGGAGAAUAAGAAAUAUACGAAAAGACGUUACACCGAUUCGAGGCAUCAGACUCGUCAUAUACCGGACUUGGAUACGCUCGGUGGGAAGGCAACGACGAUGACGGUAACGUCGUCUAUGACGAUAUCAUCGACUACGUCAUCGAGUUCGGUAAUGGCAGCGCAAAAUCAACGUGCCUCGACAGGUGGUGUACAACCUGUUUGGAAACGACGAGAAUUGAUCUCGAGUGCACCGAAGGGACGUGAAAGUUACUUCUGAAAUUAUCAUCAUCAUUAUCAUCAUUAUCAUCAUCAUCAUCAUCAUCAUCAUUGUCAUUGUUAUCGUCAUCGUCAUCGUCAUCGUCGUCGUUGAUCAUUUAUCAUCAUUUUCUAAUCCUAUU